AUGUUUAACAAACGACACAGACAACAACAACAACAGCAACAACAAUCACCAUCACACUACCACCAUCAACAGAAUCAGCAACUGGUAUCUCCGUCUUCUUCAUCAUCCUCACUUUCAACUAUAGUACAGCAACAACAACAGCAGCAGCAGUACCUCCCACACCUCCUGGAUCAUUUUAACCAUCAUCACAAUUACCACAGUGACACUAUCCACUUGAGUCCAUCGUCACCUGACUUAUACUACAACAGUUGCAAUAACAAAUACAGUACUAAUAACAGAAGAUUACAUAACAACGCAUUUGCUGAAGACGAGUCCAAUUUCAUACAAUCAAAUAUAAGACGCAGUAUCUCUGCCUUUUUACAAAGUAUGGGACAACAAAUAUCAAGAAACACCAACAACAAUGGCAACAACAGUAGCGGGGGUGCAGAUCAUAGUCAACAGCCUGGUGGCGUACCAUUGUCAUACCACCGGAACAGAGAGGCUACCAGUAGCAAAUUGAAAGCACAAUUUUCAGUAUCAGAUCGACAACAACAACAACAACAACAACAACACUCACAACAGCAGUACGCUGCAUCUGAGUCCACUAGUAUACGGCAGAACUUUUCAUUGACUCCCACUACAUCACCACCAGAAGACAAAGACAACCAAUACCCAUCAGCAUUCUGUUUGAGUCCCAUUACAUCUAAUGAGUCCUAUAACUAUUAUUCUGAUGAUGCAUCGAUGACUGACGCAUAUCCGGAAUUAGGACACCAUCACCACCACCACGACAUAAGCUACCAUCAUCAUCUUCGUAGUCAGUCACAACAACAAUUGUUGGGAGAUUCAAUUGGGCCUGAAUUGACUGAUGUAUCACCUGCAUCAUCUUAUGGUGAAGAGGAAGUGGCAGAUGUUGAAGCAACCGAUACCAUCUGUAAAGAAGGUUCUAGCUCGAUUGAUGAGCCACGGCACAAACCUAAAGAGACUGCACCACUGGUUACUACUGCUAGACCCCUUCAACCAUACACCCAAGAACAAGAAGAGUUUUCACCAUUGUUAUCCUUACCAAUGGAGAUCCUCAUUAGGGUCCUUGAAUAUGUGUAUGUGGACACUGACAUCUCAUCUAUAAAUUCCAAUCUUGAGAAUUUCGCCAAUACUGUACCUUUGUUAUCCAAGAAAUUCCAUCAAUUGUCACUUUGCUUCUUGUAUAAAUACACCAUUUUCAAUCGUCCUCAUUCAUUUGAAAAAUUUUUGCACAAUUUACAAGCAAACCCAAUUAUUGGAAAAUUUGUUGAGUUUAUGGAUUUCCAACAAUUUACAUCAAUUGGAUUAGGUAGAACUGGGAGGAUGAACCAAGAGAUUCAAAUGGUAACUUCAAGAACCAUUGCUCACGCGUUAUCAAUGACCCCUAAUUUGAUGGAGUUUUUAGCCUCAGAGAAUAUUCAAGAUGAUAUGGAUGUAUCAGUGUUGAAUAUUUUGUUUAACAAAUUACCGAAAUUGAAGGCGUUGGACUUUUGUGGUGCUAGUAGUGAGGCUUUUGCUAGAGCAUUUGAUCAAUUAACUAUAAAAGUGGAGGAUUUACCUAUAACUAAAUUGUCAUUCCACGAUUGUUCAAAUAUUUCUCAGGAUGCAUUGAUCAAGAUAUUGAAGAAAGCUACUCAUUUAACUCGAUUAGAUUUAAGUCAUACGGCAAUUACAUCUUCUAUUUUGUUGAAUUUGCCGCAAAAUAUUCGUCUAACCCAUUUAUCGUUGGCUAGAUGCUCAAAAUUGACCACAAAGGAUCUAAUUCAUUUCUUGUCUACUCAUCAAGCCAUAUCUCAUGGAUCAUUACAAUGGCUAAAUUUACAAAUUGAUUCAAAUGUCGUUAGUCCAUUAUCUGAUGUCUACUUACUAUACACCUUAAAGCAUCUCAAUGCACCAAAUUUACAAUACUUGAACAUUGGUGGUAUGCCCGUUAACUCGAGAAUCUUGUACACAAUCAAGACCAAAUUCCCUCAAUUGGUUAGUUUAAACAUUAGUCAUGCAUUAAACGUCACUCUUGAUGAAUUGAAUGGGUUUAUGCAAGACAACACCACCUUAAGGUAUCUUGACUUGACAGGGAUAAAAUCUCUAAACAAGAAUGUUGUUACUUUUUUGAAACAAAAUUUUCAAAGUAAUCUCGAAGCUAUUGAAUUUGAUUACAAGUCGCUUUAUGACUACACUUCAAGAGGCGAUUGUUUCCGAGUGCAGCAACCUCCCCCACAACUGUCGCAACUCCACCUGCUGCUGCAAAUUUUCACAUCAUUGUCAUUCAUUGAAGAUACAGUUUAUUCACCACCUCAAGUUUGGAAAUUUUACGAUAACGAGGGUAGAAGGGCAUGGAUUUACAAAAUGUCGGAAGAAGAAUACAAACGAGUCACUACACAAUCAAAUCUCGUGUAUUAUGAUUUAGAAACUGGUCAAAAAAUCGUUACUAAGAUGAAGAAACCGCAGUUUUUGAAAUAUGCUGGACGUAAAGUCAAUUGUUCCAUUGGGUAUUACAAUUUAAACGGGUAUAAGGAUAAGAAGUUUGUUGAAGGUUGUUGGCCGGUUGAGUUUAGUCAACGAGGGAUUUAUAAUUACUAUUCAUUGAAUGUCAAGUAA